UGUCAGUCUAGAGAGUGAGGAGUUAGAAGAAACACAUGGGCUUGAGAGGCAGACACUUUUUCCAGAGGUACCCAGAAGGACAGUUACUUUGAUGACUAUUAUUUGGUUCCAUCUGCCUUGAAUCUGGACAUAUUACUCAGUUAUAUUUUACUGCAGCUGUCUUGCACUGACAGAAAACCUGGUGGAGUGUUUUGUUCUGUCAAAACCACAGGAGAUAUCCUCACUGUUUGUGUCAGACAGUGGUCACGUCAGCUGAAAGACUGAGCGACAUGUCAAAGGAGGUGAAGCCAGAGAGCGUGUCGCUGUGUCCUCUAGACACAGCAGCUGCCCCCGUGCCAGAGCUGCUGUGUAUCUUUGGGACAGGGGACUUAGGGCGCUCUCUGGGCCAGCGUCUGCUCCAGAGUGGCUACAGGGUGGUAUAUGGCAGCCGCAGACCUCACAGCUGUGGCCCCUUGCCUCAGGGAACUCAGGUGAUGAGCCAUGCGGCAGCAGCCCAGUCUGCCAGUCUGGUCUUCAUUUGUAUUCACAGAGAACACUAUGACGUCCUCGAGACACUGGCACCGGAACUCAAGGGGAAGGUGCUGGUGGACGUCAGCAACAAUCUCAAGAAGAAUCUAUACCCAGAGGCCAACGCCGAGUAUCUGCAGAGGCUGGUCCCAGGAGCUCAUGUGGUGAAAGCUUUCAACACUUUAUCAGCCUGGGCCCUGCAGAAUGGACCAUCGGAUGCCAAUAGACAGGUGUACCUGUGUGGUAACAGUGCUGAUGCAAAGCAGACAGUGACAGAGAUAGCCACCAAACUGGGCUUCACUGCUCUGGACAGAGGGUCUCUGUCUGCAGCCAGAGAACUGGAGGACUUCCCCCUGCAGCUGUUCCCAGAGUGGAGGCUGCCACUGCGCCUGGCCCUCGGUCUUACCAUCACCUUCUAUGUCUAUGAGGUUGUUAGAGAUGUCGUCUACGGGUAUGUUCACCAGGGGAAAGACAUCUCCUUCAGAAUGAUGGUGUCCCUGCCUAACAAGGUGUUUCCCACUGUGUCGCUCAUCAUGUUGACUCUGUGUUACCUGCCUGGUGUCAUAGCUGCCUUCCUCCAGCUCUACAGAGGAACCAAAUACAAGCGUUUCCCUGACUGGCUAGAUCGCUGGAUGCUGUGCAGGAAACAGCUGGGACUGCUAGCACUUGGCUUUGCCUCUCUACAUGUGCUCUACACCCUCAUUAUCCCCAUAAGAUAUUAUGUGAAAUUCAGGAUUGCUGAUAGUACUGUCUCACAGGGCAAGCUGAACAAAACGUUAGAGUUUGACACCACAAUGGCUUGGCGUACUGACUCUUAUUAUGCAAUGGGGAUUCUGGGAUAUGCCGUGUAUCUCCUGUUGGGAAUAACCUCUCUCCCCUCCGUCAGCAACGCUCUCAGUUGGAGAGAGUUCAGCUUCAUACAGUCCAAGCUUGGCUACCUCACACUGUUCCUCUGUACCUUUCACACCUACCUAUACGGCUGGAACAAAUUCCUUAUUCCCUACUACUACAAAUGGUACACUCUUCCGACCUACAUGCUCAGUCUGGUGUUGCCUUCUGUAGUGAUGGUGCUCAGGCUCCUGCUCCUCUUGCCCUGCGUGGACCGCACCCUUACUCGCAUUCGACAGGGCUGGGAGAGGACAGAUCCAGAAGAUGACAGCAAGAAGUCACUGCUAACAUAGGGUUACUACAAUUACAGACAUUUACAACAUUGGUAUGCACAGAAAAGUAAUCACAAAGACACCACAGAAAUUUAUCUUCCAAGCAUCCCAUCUUGUUGUAUUAUGUCAUAGAUCGAAGACUGUACAAUUACACCAAUUGUUCUGCUCUAUAUUAUUAAUAAAGUCAACAGAGAAAACA